GAAAAACACAGCAGCAUUAGGGGCAGCAGAUGACCCGGCGCAGCAGCGAGGAGCACAGCAGUCCUCUCCCUGACAAAUGAAAGGAUGGGGGGCGUCAGCCGCAGCUGAGUUCAGAACGGCCGGAUCAGGGAGUGAGGGGAGACAGCAGCUCUCUGCUCACUCUUGGGUGACUUUUUGCUGGAUUUCUUCCCCGCUCCACUCCACAACAACAUGCCGUUUGCCAAAAGAGUCGUGGAGCCCCAGUUGCUGGUCAGGUACCAGACCCCGAGCGAGGAGGAGGGUCUGCUUUUCGAGGACCUGGUCUCCAUCAGUAAUGUGGCUCUGUCCCGGACCCUGCGCCAGCUGUCGGACCUGGCCAGACAUGCCUGCUCCAUAUUCCAGGAGCUGGAGAGCGACCUGGCGACCACCAACCUGCGGGUCAGGGGGCUGCAGGGCAAAAUUGGCCAACUCCAGCGGAGCUGCUCCGAGCUGGACCCCAAACAGGAGGCAGUGCCGGUGUCCAACCUGGAUGUGGAGAGUAAGCUGACGGCACAUUUCCGAGCCCCGUGGCGUCUCCAGAGGAAUGUUUUGCACCCCUCCACACGGCCAGCAUGUGUAGAGGAGCUGCACAGGCAAGCCAACCACAGCCUGUGGUCGCUCAACCAAGAUCAUCAGAGGGAGAGGGAGCAGAGAGUGACCAUCUCAGCCCUGCCCCCAAUGCCCAUGUACCCCUCCCCUCUCAUCGAGCACAAGCAUGUCAAUCGGGGCAAAAGUGUGACAACGUUCGGCUCCACCCGCUCCUCCUCCCCCACCGAAUGUUGCCGCCUCUCUCCCUGGAGCAGAAAGGCUGCGCCUACUGACCCCGACACUGACGGGGUGGCUCUAGGUCACCGGUCUAAGUUUCCCAUCCCUAACAUCCCCUCCACCCUGGACAAGCAGACUAACUGGUCUAAAGCUCUGCCGCUGCCCACCCCAGAGGAGAGAAUGAAAUGCAAUUCCCAAGUCAUCGCCUCAUGCGUCAUUCCUAUUAAUGUGACUGGGGUUGGCUUUGACAGAGAUGCUAGUGUGCGCUGCUCACUCGUUCACUCACAGUCUUUGCUUCAGAGGAGACGGAAGCUAAGGAGACGGAGGACCGUUGCCGGCGUUCCCAGACAGGUGCAGCAGGAUUUUGACUCGGACGACUCCCCUGGUUGCAGGGAGCGGACGGUCAUUGUUCACACCGCUGCCGAUACGAGCCCUUCUACGGAGGAGCUGGCCAGCCAUCUGACCACCAGAGACUCAGGCUGCCAGACCGAAGACUUCCUUAUCGCAGGAGCCCCGUCUCGGCGGAGGAUCCGGGUCCAGAGAGGUCAGGGAGUGUCGCUCCUUCUCUCCCACUCAGCGGGCAACAUCUCCUGUCUGCCUGACAGCGCUGACACCAUGUUUUCUGGCUCGGUGGGAGCCCGGCUGCGGUCGCGGAGUCUGCCCAGAGACAGCAGCAGGAUGAUGAUGAGAAUGAUGGACAACGAGCAGAAUGACAGCGACGACGAGGAGGAGCUGGCGCCCUUUAGCUCAGAGGCUUUCCUGCCCGGACACAGUGAGAGGAUUCUGAAGGACGAAGAGGAGAGCGCCGACGACCAGGCGGCGUCCGAGCGACAGCGGGGGGGCCUGAAGUACGCACAGCUGUCGGAGAGUCCGGAGCGCAGCUGGAUGGAGCGCACGCGAGCUCAGCUGCCCAGGAAGGCCGACAUGGGCAGCUGUGAGAUCUCCUCCAGUUCGGACACCUUCAGCAGCCCUGUUCACUCCGUCUCCGCUGCGGGGGUGCUGGGAGGUCCGAUGGACCAUAAGGAUGACCACCAAUCCUCCAGCGGGAACUGGAGCGGGAGCAGCUCCACCUGCCCCUCCCAGACCUCCGAGACGAUCCCCCCCGCAGCCUCGCCUCCGCUGACCGGCUCCUCGCACUGUGACUCUGAGUUGUCCCUCAACGCUGCCACUCAUGCUGCAGAAGACCAGGCCGGCUUCAUGCUGGACAACUACCAGGGCCUCAGAAGCCAGCGGGCGGGCUCUUUCUCCUCCGCGGCGAUGGAUAUCUUAGAGGAGGCGGGGGUGAGCACACCCGUGGAGGGGGAGUGGGAUUACCCCCACCCUGAGCUGCCUCACUCUCAGGACCUAAGCCCUGAACCCGGCAGGGAGGCUGACAGCAGCCUGGGCUGCCCCAGCUUCACCAGCAUGGCCACCUGCGAGAGCAGCUUCUCCGACAAACCUCCCUCCGAGAAGGCAGACACCAUCUCUUACUACUCUGUGGACACUGAAGGUUACUACACCUCCAUGCACUUUGACUGCGGUCUGAAAGGCAGCAAAAGCUUCACCUACAACUGUGCAGCCACCGGCUCGGACUGCGCUUUGUCUGAUCUGAGCGGCCACCUGACGCUGGGGAGGCGCUGCCUCUCCCUACGGAAGGCGAAGCUGAAGCCGUCCCCACCAAAGAGGAGCUCCUCCUUGAGGAAAAUAUGCAGUGAGGGAAACAUCCCUGACAAGCGAGAACCAAAGAUUACACACAGACAGCCGCUGUCUCUGUCGUCCAAGGAGAGGAAAAUGCAGCUGGAUCUGGCGGGAUCACGAGGUCCCGCAGGAAACUCUCCACUAGUCCGAGAGCCCCUCGAGGUCUGGGGGAUGGAAGGCACACCAGAUCUAACGGACUUAGGCGUUUUAAGCUCCAAAGAUGCGCACUCCUUUAAGGACAAUGGCAUUGUGCAGUCAGACUAUGCAGAUCUCUGGCUUCUGAACGAUUUAAAGUCCAGUGAUCCUUACCGAUCGUUGUCAAACUCUAGCACAGCCACUGGCACGACCGUCAUCGAGUGCAUCAAGUCACAAGAAAGCUCAGAGUCCCAGACUUCCCGGUCCGGCUCCAGAGCCACCACCCCCUCACUUCCAUCGGUAGAAGGCGAGUUCAAGCUGACUUCCCCAGAGAAGCUGGCGGGACUGGCGAGCCCAUCCAGCGGCUACUCCAGUCAGUCCGAAACCCCCACCUCCUCGUUUCCUUCCACUUUCUUCCCUGGACCGCUGUCACCAGCCAGUGGGAAGAGAAAGCCCAAAGUCCCAGAGAGGAAGUCCUCCCUUUCUUCCCUGUCUCUGCAGGCACGGUCCUGCAGGGACGGGGCAACGUCAAAGAAAGAUCUGGAGCUGCCUAUAACUCCUCCUUCUCACCUCGACUUAAGUGCCCUUCACAGUCCGAGCAACAAGGACUCGGCUUACAGGAACCAGUUAGCAAACCAUCACCAAAUCAAACAAAAAGACGUGCUGGCCGCCAAACACGUUACAUCACCAAACUUGGAGCCCUUCACAGCCCCCUCUCUGUCUAUAACCCCCUCGGUGCUUCAGAAAGUGCAGCUUCGAUCCGUCAGCAAGCAGCCUGAAGACCAGCAUGAGAACAAAGCUGCUCCGAGGCUCCAGUGUCCCCCUGUGAACCUAACCAGCAGUAGAUCCUCAGAUCUCAAGAGUCCCUCGCUGCACAACGCUCAUAAUGAUCAGGUUUCAUCAGACGAGUCAAUGCGGGUCUCAAACGAAACACCUUCAGGCGAUCUGAGCAACAAGGCCAGAGAGGUUAAUUCAGGGAGCAUGACAACUGUCGGACUGCAGUCAGAAGCAUGUUUGGAGCAGAAAGCUUCUAACAUCUCCAAGGCGGAGACUGGUCCUGAAGCAGGGCAGCGCUUAGAGUCACCGGUAACAUCCGUCUGCUCCGGGGAAUCCUCCCCACGUGGCCAAGCUUCAGGCCAGCAGCAGCAGACCGAGCCGCCUGAAGCAGAAAUAUGCUCUUGCCCUCCAGUCUUGCACAGCUCACCCAAAAGGUCCCACUGUCUCGAUAAAGUGCCUGCUGCUCACAGUCCUCUGGAGACGUCCCUGGAGAGCUCCAUCAGCAAUGAAGGCAGCAACGAAGGGGAAAAUGAUUCCUCAGGAGUCUCAGCCGAAAGUGCCUCACAGGACGGGAAAGAGGGAUCCACAGAGGAGCCGGAGGAUGGUUUUAGUAAAGACUGCACGGCAAGUGACAACUCUGCGUCUUCACAGCAUGACGAGUCAAAAAAGGAGGAUGACGGUGUGUUUCUGUCACCCUCCAAGUCCCGCACCACUGAGGAUCUGUUUGCUAUGAUUCACAGAUCCAAAAGGAAAGUGUUGGGAAGGAAGGACUCCACUGAGCUGGCGGCGCGGCCUCGCCUCGGCGCCUCGUCGGGGAACACGCCGCCGCCUCCCAGCAGCAACGUCAGCUCCCCGGUCUCUGUGCCACCCACCUCCCCUGCUGUGACCCCGCCUCCCCCACACAGAGCGUCGGGUUCCAUCUACAGGAACGCAAAGAAGUCCAGCACCUCCAACGAGGAGUUCAAACUACUGCUCCUUAAGAAAGGGAGCCGCUCGGACUCCAGUUACCGCAUGUCGGCUGCUGAGAUCCUGAAGAGCCCCAUCACUCCUAAAUCGCCUGGAGAUUUUCUGGCCGAGUCGCCCAGGCAGUCAGAGGAGCCCAUGUCCGCCCUGCAGCAGCUCCUGUUAGAUCAAGACCAGCUCUCCAGCCCCUACCCCAAAGCCAACGCCGAGAGCUUCUCCCCGAGGCCCUUCCACACAUCCGCCUCUUCCCGGCAGGGGCGCUCCAGGAUCCCCCCGCCGGCCAGCAGCAGCCGUUACAGCGUGCGCAGCAGGCUCUACUCAUCGCCCAUGCAGGCCAUCUCUGAGGGGGAGACGGAGAACUCUGACGGAAGCCCUCAUGAUGACCGCUCCAUGUAGGAAACGGAGCAAACCACAAAAAAGUUUACAAAGAGGACUAAUGGACCAUGCCGAAAUAUAAUAUAUAGAUAUAUCAAAUAUGCAGAAGGCAGGAGAGUAGAUUAAACCAUUUUAAUUAUAAAAGAAAAUCUCGAUUCCUAGCCAUUUUUGGAUGGAUUUUUAAAUCAUUUCCUUUUUUAUAAUUCUGUCCACAUAAUGUGUAUGUUUUAUACAAACUGAGUUUUUAAACAAAUCCCGAUUGAUUCAAAAAUGCUGUUAUUAAAAAAAAAAGAAAAAAGACAACUUCUGAAACCAACUUAUUCCUUCAGCCCAAUUUAAUUCUUAGCAUUGCAGUUUAGGACAGAGAUGCACCGAUCAGAACUUGGUUCCUAAUUUCCGACCUCUGGUUUUUGUAAGGCCUGCCAAUAAUCGUUUUGUUCGGUUGCCAUUUCUAUUGCAAGUAUGUAUUUGAUCGAAGUUAGCCUGCUCAGCACAGCUAGCAUUACAAAGACCCCUGUAUCCCUCAAGAGAUUGUGCAAAGAUGGCCGACGUUUAAAACUCUGUGAUGUCCUGUGGCGGACAAAGGAGAAAAGGGCAAAAGGAAAAAACAGAACUACUUUGGUCUAUUCCGAGUAGCCUUCUUGUUAUCCUAUGAAAGUCUUGCUCUCUCACAGCCAGAAUGAACAGCAGGUUUGACCCGACAGUUCAUAGAAAAUACUUUUGUACUAAAUGGCUUUUUGUGAUUCAUCAGACUUUCUUGAUACAUUUUUUUUAAUAGCCAGCUUUGGGACCUUCUUCUGACAGUAAAAACUUCCACACCGAAGAGCGCUGUUGUCAGCGUGACCUGUAAGUGCUUAGGUUUGGUGUGUUCGCUGAUCGGAAAAAAGAUUGGAUUCCUGAAUUUCUGACCUGCCAGUAGGGGGCCAGUCGAGCUUAAAAACAUCCGGUCUUCUCGGUGCAUCUCUAGCUUUAAAGCAAUGUUUUUGUUUGGUCAGUGGAAGCCAUUUCAACCAGUCAUGCCAGUUGUUGUUUUUUUUAUGCAUAAUAGUCAACCUUCAUUUUGUUUCCUAUAGAUGCAGAUUUUUACCUUUAUGUAUUCUGUGAAUACCUAUGCAAAAAAAAAA